UCUGAAUAUAUAAAUUCAAGAUUUUUAUUAUAUUUUCAGAGCUGUUCAGAAAGCAGACAAAAGUGAAGGAAAGAUGGUGAAAAACGGGACGCUUUUAUCUCAUUGGCCGCCGCUACACUGCCGUUUGUUCUGUCACAGCCAAUGACGCGACCUCUGUCCCUGAGGAGAAACCUCUUGGUUUCAGGAAGCCAUUCAAAUGAGGGGUGUGGUCAUGUUAGUGUCAACAAAAGGUGCUGAGAAAACAGGUGUGUGUUCAGGUGUGUGUUCAGCUUCCACGGCAGAGAGACGUCAAUCUGGACCUGACCGAGUUAUGGCCAGUUUUGGAGGCCACGCCCUUCCAGGGACCUUUUUCCUCUUCUUCGGCUUUUGGCUGGUGGUGAAACACACUCUCCGACACAGCUGUAGAACAGCUCGGACCAAAGGCAGGCACAGCGACGCCCCCUUCCUGCAAAGGAUGGAGUACAUUGAGGGGGGAAUUCAGGCGUUUGCGUCGUUUGUGGGCAUCUUGGUUGAACAGUUUUACCCAGGCGGACCAAUCGCUCACCUCUAUGACGCGGAGAACCACUCCUGGGUCAAGUUGAUGAACUGGCAGCACUGCACCAUGUAUCUGUUCUUCGGGAUUUCUGGAGUUUCCCUGAUUGUCACGAAAAGAUUUCAGCUGACGGCGCUGCGUGUGAAUUGCCUCACUCUGUCUUUGGCGCUCUUCAUGGAAGGGUUUCUCUUUUACUUCCACCUGCACGGGCGCCCUCCACUGGACGCUCACAUCCACACCGUGCUGCUGGUGCCGGUGUUUGCUGGAUCGGUCAGUACCAUGUUGGAGGUUUUCAUAAAGGACAACAUCAUUUUGGAGCUGUUCAGUGCCGGCAUGUUCAUCCUGCAGGGCACGUGGUUCUACGAGAUCGGCUUCGUCAUAUUCCCUUUAAAUGGCGUGGAGUGGGACCAGAACCAGCACACCAACCUCAUGUUUGUCACCAUGUGCUUCGGCUGGCAUUUAGCUGCAGCUUUGCUCCUGGUCGCCGGCAACUCUGCUGCCGUCUGGCUCAUCUUGAAGAAAUUCUCAGGAAGGUCACCGAACAUAGAGAUUGGAAUGCGAACGACGUCCCCUACAGGUUGCCAUAAAGCAUUACUGGAAGGGUCGGACGAAGAGUGAAAAUCAGUGUCUUUUAAUCCGACUUCUUCACUGAUGGACUGUUGGUGAGACUGAGCUGCUUCGGUGACAGUUUCAUUUUAUAUUGUUGUUUUAAAAAAAGAAGAAGAAGAAUGUAAUGUUUAAACAUGAGCUGUAAUAAUGAAGGAAACAUGAGGAGAGUUCACGUGGACGUGCUCUGCAGCGGUGGCUGUCGGAGUCUGGUAUUAACACGAAAUAAAACAGAGAAGGUUGAACUUCA